AUGGAGCUCAAUGCUUAUCGCUUAUCGUGGAACAUGUUUACAGUGGCCAAUCCUUGUACUAUUCGUCCUCUUUAUGGUUUGUUUCAUUUAUUGGGAGCAAAGGGAAAGAAAAUAAGAUACACGAAACCUAGCUUUUCAUUAAUUUGGGACUUGAGGUAUGAUUAAAUCAAAAGGAACAAAAGUGGGAAGAAAGAGAUACUUUUGUAGUUUAGAAACAACGAAAAAAUAAGAUUACAAUUAUUCAAUUAAUGGAGGAAGUUACAAAUAAACAAUAAAAGUACUUAAAUGGACCCCAUUAGUCAAAUAAGUGGGUGUGAAAUAAAAAGUUAUCUCAAAAUCACUUAUUGUAGUUUGUGAUUUUUUAUUUUCCUCGUAUCCCUCCUAGAAGCCCCCAUUCUAACAUAAUAAUUGUUUGCAUGACAUUUAUUACUCGGUAAAGGAUAAUAGCAAUGCAUUUGGUUGAGAAAUUGUUGACGUAGUUGAAACAAGAGUAAGCAUGUUUUGGUCUUCAAACUCAACAAGAAAGAAAGUUAGUUGCGCUAAUAUUACCCGAAUUCAAGGAAGUUCUACCGCCUGGUUGGUGAGGUUCCGGGAAUAUUUUAAUUGCUUUGCAAGUGAAGUUUUGUUGCUUUUCACUCACUUUGUUGAGUUUGGUGAAAGAAAGUGAAUGGGGCAAUUCAGAAGAAACCAACAAAGAUCAUCUUUUUCCAGAGACCAAACUUCAUUUGCAAAACGUUAAAUCAUUAAUGCAAUCUAAAUAGCCAAAGUUAGCAAUCAUUUUGAGAUUAAAACACUUGAUUGCCAACGUCUUUUUGAGAUGGAAGAAAAGCAGAACCUUGAUGCUGCAAGAAAGUGCUUGCUAGCUAGCUUGGAAACAUCAAGUGCUAUUGGUUCUGCAUUAGAUGAAUCUGGAUCAAGAUUGGAGCUUCUUCGCCAGCGAUGUCAAUCCCUGCAAACUUCAUUCAGACCAAUCUCCAUGCAGAAAUGCUCGUUCAUCGACGUUGGCAACGGUAUAGAUAGUGUUCUAUGUUCUGCUGCUGCUGUCCUCAAGGUGUUUGAAUUUGUGCAGCAUUUGGAGAAUUCUCUAUUGACAGACGCUGGUUCCGAUCUAUGCUCUUAUGUUUCAGACGCCAAGAAGCUUGAAGAAGCCUUGAAGCUUCUCACUGAUAAUUGCACGUUAGCAAUUGGCUGGUUGCAGGGUGUUCUUGACUUCUUACAAGACAAAGCGAUCACCAAUGAGUUUUACCUCUUUCAGGUGAAGAAAUCCUUGAGGAUACUGCGAGAAUUGCAAGCCGCGGAAGAGGGAGCUCGAGUCAAUGGAGGUUUUCUCAGCGCAGCCUUAGACAAUCUAGAGACUGAGUUCCAAAGACUUCUGAUGGCAAACUCAAUGCCCAUUCCUUUGGUUUCGUUAGGUUCACACAUCACAACACAAGCUUUGCCAGGUUCUGUUAUGGGGAAGUUGCAGGCCAUCAUUGAGAGGUUAAAUGCAAACAGCAGACUAGACAAGUGUAAAUCUAUAUAUGUUGAAGUUCGAGGGAGGAAUGCUCAAAGAACUUUGAACACUUUAGACUUGAGCUACCUUGAGAUUCCAACAGCUAAAUUUGAGGAUGUCAGGGAAAUAGCGAGUUACAUAGACCAAUGGGGCAUUGAUUUGGAGUUGGUUGUCAAGAACCUGCUUGAUACUGAGUACAUGCUAUCUUGCCGUGUCUUUGAGAAGAUUGGUAGAGAAGCAUCGACCGAGUGUUUUGCCAGGAUCGCCAUCAGGUCAGGAAUUCUUUCUUUCAUUCUAUUUGGAAGGAAUGUUUCGGAGAGUAGAAACGAUCCCUACAAGUUGUUGAACCUGCUGGACAUAUUCAGUGUGUUAGAUGAUCUUAGACUAAAAUUCAACCAACUUUUUGGGGGGAAGGCCUGUGAAGAAAUUAGAAUCGCGACAAAGGAUCUUGUCAACAAAGUUGUUAAUGGUGCCUGUGAGAUAUUCUGGCAACUUCCGGCACAAGUGAAGCUGCAAAGGCCAAGUUCUCCUCCCCGAGAUGGCGGUGUCCCUAAGCUGGUAAGCUUUGUAACUGAUUACUGCAAUCAGCUGCUUAAUGAUACAUAUCUACCACAUUUGAAAAAGGUCCUAGAAAUUCAUCUUAGUUGGAGAAAUGAAACAUAUGAAGAGGGUAUUGUUUUCACACAAAUAUAUGACACAAUCAAGGAAGUUGCAGUUAAUCUUGAUUCUUGGUCAAAGGCCUAUGAAGAUAUCACAUUGUCCUACAUUUUCAUGAUGAAUAAUCAUUGCCAUUUCUACAAUUUGAGGGGUACCAUGCUUGGGGAUAUGAUGGGAGAUACUUGGUUAGGAGCACAUGAACAGUACAAGGACUAUUAUGCAGCACUUUAUUUGAGGAAUAGCUGGGGAAAGCUUCUAUCAAUUAUUGUUCAAAAAGACUUACUUUCAUCCUCAUUGAGUAGCCAAGAUUUGGGAAAGAGAUUGCAUGCUUUCAAUGUAGCUUUUGAUGAGAGGUACAAGAAGGAAUCUAGUUGGACAAUUUGUGAUGAAGCCUUGAGGAAAAACAUUUGCAAGCAUUUGGUGGAAUGUAUUGUACCAAUCUAUAAGGCCUAUGUGAAGAAUUACAACUUGUCAAUCGAGAAUGAAGGUAUGGUUGCAAAGCAUAUCAAAUAUACAGCAGAGAGUUUGGAGAAUAAGAUUUGGUCUAUGUUUCAGCCAAAGCUGAAGAAGAAUGGGAGUGUCAAGCAUGCAGAUUGGACUAGUAAAAUAAAACAAGUUAGCAAAAGUUUUCGCUUCACUCUAGCUGCUAAGUAGUUAAUGUAUGUCAUUUCCUUGUUAUUUUGGCAAAAAUCAAGGUAAAUGAAUGUACUCUAAAUCUACAUAUUAUGUUUGAAAAUA